CUGUAUACUACAGGUUAAGAAGAAAUUGGCUUCAUACAUUAGAACGUGUCUGAACAGCGCCAUCGAACCUGAUACGCUCACCUCUGGGAGCUGGUGCCAUACCAUCUGCGCCCCUCAAGAGACCUGGUCGCCCCGACCGACCCACCGAACACCACAUGAGCCUCCCACUCCUCUCUAGGACGGUAUGGCAGAGGCUUCCCACACCGGACACGACCACGCGCCGCUGCCCGCCUGCUGCUCGCCGGGCCAGCACCGGCUUGAGCGCGACCACUAGCGGCGUAAAACCCCAAACUAGACACCAGUUUACUACUCCAACUACUACUGACUACUCCAACCCCUCGCCUGCAAUCACAGGCAGCGACAAGACAGGCAUCGGCCUGGACAGCAUCACCUCGCGUUCCCAGUCGGGGGCGGUAAGACGACUAGGAGUUCAGUUUUUUAUUCUGCAACUGAACUUAUCUUCGGUAGCACAUAUUUCUCGUUUCAAUUCGAACUUCUUGUACUAUCGUCGUUCAAGAAUGCCGCCCAAGACGCUCGUCUUAUGCGCCACCUAUACACCACUCGGUAAGUCUACCAAGAAAUCAAGCAAGGCCUAAUAAAAGACCAUUAUCAAGGCGACGACGGAAAAGAGAGGGUGUCGAGGCCCUGGCCAAGUACACCAGUUCACAUCUCGUCGACGACACAUUUUCGACGAUGAAUGAACUCGGCGGUUGUUCUCUGCGCGAUAUCAAGGAGUAUAUCGGCGCGCAGUACAAAGUGGUGCCGAGAGACUGGCUCCGUUCCUCAGAAGCGAUCUGAAGGGCGCUGUGGAAGCCGGAACGCUCAUCCUGACGUGAAGACCUUUUGUCAAACGUAAGCUUCGGAAUACCACAAUUAUAAAAUCCAAUACGACCGCGACGGAAAACAUCAAUGCAUCUGCGUCUGGUGCAUCCAUUAAAAGGUGCAAAUCACAAGAAGACCGUGCCCAAUGGAACCAGCGCUGCCGUUAAAGCAAUAGCUGGUGCCGCAACUCUCAACGAAGAAGAGUGGACCCGCGACCAAAGAGUGAUAACGACGUCGAGAAUCAUCCACACACAUCAAUGACUGACUAUACAUACCAGUUUCCUAUAACUCUCACGUCAUAACAACUACAGACAUGCCAACAGAGGCUAGUGAUAAGACCGUCAAGAAAUCUUUUGACACCAAGAAGAAGUACGCCAUGGACGGCGUCAACCUUCUUCUCGCUCAGCACCUGAUCGACGUUGAGCUCUACAAGCAAGGCGAAGCGGACUCUGGUAUCUCCAGCGAGGCGAUGUCCGCGGUAACGUCGUUUAUCAACGACUGCUACCAGCGCAUCGCCGCCGGAGCGUCCGGCCCAGCUCCCAACAAGAAGAGGCCCACCGUCGCUUCGGCCUCGAAGGCAGCUCAGUCUUCCGUCAGGUCGCUGAUGGCCGCCGACGAGCCCACCAAGCACGUCGCCAGGAAGCGCGCCAGAGCCGUCGCCAAGCCGAGUCACCCUGAGGCGAUCAACAAAGCCAUCAGGGAGAUGAAGUAUGGCACGGGUAAAGGCUCCUCUCUCGAUGCGAUAGAGACGUACAUCGGCGCGCAGUACAAGGUCGACACUCAUAAAAAAUCUACCUAUUCAAGACCCAUUACUCCGAGAUCCGAUUUUAGCGUAUGACCACAAGCGUCUACUUUAUAGAUAAAAAUGUUAACGGUAUACAUAAGUAUAUAAGACCCAGAAGGAGAUGGAGACGAAACGAUUGGCCGCAGAAAGCUCUGUUCGGUCAGCCCUUUCACAGGGCUUCUCAAUCACCGCCCCACUGCACUGCGACUAUAGCUAACGAAUGAACACGCCAUGUGCCAGUCGCAAUAUCAGUCAG